AUACAGGAGAUGAUUUUCAUACAGCUACAGUAAAGAUUGUAAGGAGGGGGACUUGUGAAGAUUGAAAGAAUGGAUACCUCAGAAGAUCCACUUCUUCCACAAGUUCAUGGACCUAUACCCAGGGACAGAUUUCACCUGGUUUACUUGAUAUUUUACUUGCUGGGUCUUGGAUCUUUGGCGCCUUGGAAUUUCUUUAUUACGGCUAGUGAGUAUUUCAAGUACAAGUUGCGCAACACUACACAGCCAGAAACAGAAUAUCUGGACCCACACUAUGAGACAGAACUACAAGCAAUGUUUGAGAGUUACCUGGUUGUGGCUAACACAAUACCAAACCUCGCAUUUAACUUUAUUACAGCACUUAUUAUACAGCGGAUAUGUUUGAAGACAAGAAUGAUAUUUUCUCUGGUGUUGGUUAUACUGAUGUUUGUGCUUACUGUUAGUCUUGUCAAAAUAGACACUGAUACAUGGCAGUCGGUAUUCUUUUCUGUUACCCUUGUAACAGCAGUUUUAAUAAGCUCUGGUGGUUCUAUACUGGGAGCCUCAUUGUUUGGUCUGGCGAGUUUGUUUCCCUCGCAGUAUGUUCAGGCAACAAUGACAGGGCAAGCUAUGGGUGGAGUAUUUGCAGCAGUUGCUAAUCUAGUCACUCUGGCCAUCGGGUCACAUGUUGUAGACAGCGGCCUCGUGUUCUUCAUGUUUGCGGUGUUUAUGGCUGUGCUAACAUUUAUAGGCUAUGGUUGUCUGUACUGUAUAGGUUAUUCUAAAUACCACAUUUUAGAAAUAGGAAGCACUAUAGCCAUAGAUGUCAAUUCUCAUGAAGAUGAUGUAAAUUACAUAGAUCCAGAUCAUGGUUGUUCUUACUAUAUAAAUAUAUUGAAAAAGGUUUGGAAAGAAGGUCUCAGUGUAUGUUUUGUGUUUUUAGUCACUUUAUCAUGUUUCCCUGCAAUAACCUCAUCAAUAGUCACUGUAGAGAAAACUCCCACAGAGUGGUCAGAGAAAUAUUUCUCUGCCCUGGUGUGUUUUCUCUUGUUUAACUGUGGAGAUUGGAGUGGUAGAUCUGUAGCAGGUUCUGUACAGUGGCCAAAGUAUGGACAGUCGAAUAUAUUGUUGGUGUUUUCUGUGUUGCGUGUUGUUUUUAUACCUCUACUGAUGUUUUGUAAUGCUCAGCCAAGAACAAGCCCUGUCUUGUUUAACAAGGAUUGGUGCCCUGUUGUAUUUAUACUUUUGCUUGGACUCACCAAUGGCUACUUCGGGACGUUAGCUAUGAUGUAUGGCCCAAGGCGUGUACCACCAGAAAAAGCAGAGAGCACUGGUGCUAUGAUGUCAACAUUUCUGACAACUGGUCUUGUAUCUGGAUCAUUGAUAGCCAUACUUCUAAUGAAAUCUCUGUGAUGAUGUACAAGAAGAUAUAUUUUAUUGUUAUGUAAAUGAUAUUGUUUUAUAUUUGCCAAAACCCAUUCACUUGUCCCAAAAGCCAGUAAUAUAUUGUUUGCUCAUGUAUGUCAGACCUCCCAAUAUUUUAGAAGCAGAUAAAGUAUUUGCUCUUACUAAUAACAAAAUUGUAUAGACUUAUCCCUUACCCUGCUAAAUUUCUAUAACGAACUUGUCUUUGUUGGACAGUACCUUUAAGUGUAAAAAGGGGUGCUUACCAAAAAGAUACUGGCUGAAUAGCGAACAGUGCAGAUCAUGAUCAGACUGCACAGAUGCAAAGCCAGAAUCAAAUGUGUCCAGCAUGGUAAGGGUUAAAUUUUCUAAGGUGUGCUUUUUUAUUUGAAAUAUAGUAACUUUUGUGUGCUUUGAAAUUUUUUUUUGCUGAAGAUAUGUAAUAACUUUAGAAUCUAGUUUUUAUAUUUGUUUCACUUUCAAAUUGUUCAUUUGAUUUGUACUGUCUCAAAGACUAUUAUUAAUGCAGAACUGUUGAAAAAUGUUUUAAGCAAUUAAUGUUUUGAAAGGAGAGUUUUAUUCUGUAUAUAUAUAUGUGAUUUGCUGGUACUUUUUGUUUCCAAUUUGGUAUUCUGUAAUGAGCCAUUGUAAUACUGGUUCAUAUUUUAACAUGUAUACAGUAUACAUGCAGCAACUACACUGUGUCAUAUACCAGGGAGUACUUCAGUUGUUUCCCUUCGGAUAUUUGUAAAAUAUACAAUGUACAUGUUGCUUAAUAUAAAGUAUAAUCGGUCAUUUAUUUGCACCAGUUUACACCAAUGAUAAUUUAAUAUUUUUACCUGCAAUAUGUGCAUGUCUGCAAGUUUUUUGGGCUGUCUUUGAUGCAAGUGUUUUCCAUAUGAUUUCACCUUUUUUGGACAUCAAACUCACAUGUAUGGAAGUUGUCAGUAAUUUUCAAACAUUUAACAAGUAGUACACAUGUACCGAUUUGAUAUAGUUAGAUGAACAGGAGUAUCAUUGCUGACAAGACAUUAUUACCUAAUUUAUCGAUUCUUGCUGAUACAAACACUUCUACAGAACUUGAUGUUAUCAGUUUUUCAUGUAUAAAACGUUAGGCAACUUAAAUAUUCAUCUUCUUAAAUACAAAAGUAAAACAUUUUAACAUGCAUUUAGUGGCAGUCUUUUAUGAAAGUCAAAUGUAAGCAGUGAUAGCUUAUAGAUUAUAAGUACAAUUGUACUUGAACUUUGCCCAAUACAAGUUGUUCUUGAUUAUAGACUUAUUAUAAUGAUUGUCCAGUACUUGAAGGACAGUCCAGGAAAUGUCCACUUGUGUGUCAUCAGUCUGGCUGUAAUUACAUAAAUAGACUUGAUAUAGAAGUUGCUACAUUAUGUGAAUUAUUUAGAUGUAUAUACAGAUUGAUUAUUUAACAACAAUGUACACAAAUUAUUGUGGAUUGUGCAAUAAUAGGCUAGAGGUUGAAAUACGUUUUAUUUUCCAUGAUGUACAGUAAUGAUUAUAUUCAGUUAUUUUAUUAUAAACUGAUAUUGUUUGAUGUUGUAAUUUGCUGUAUAUAUGACAGCCUUUCUUAACACCAAAAUAUUACUCUACAUCAAAACUCCAAUUGCUUGAUGUCCGAAGGAGACGAACAAAUUGCUUGAGUUUGCCAGGGUUUCAAGUGAUCCAAACAUAGGCCAAGAUAAGCAAUGAAAUGGCAAGUAACACAUGAACUGCAUGUGCAGGCACAGGUGCUUGAUUCAUCAAUGCUCGAGGGAGCAGUGUUUCACUGAAGUACUGUAACUUUAGACUUUGCUUUUUUCGUUUGUUUCAGUUCUCAUUACAUUUUCGUGAUCAAGGAGUUUCUUUUUUUUUCUCAAAAUAAAUUAAGACUCGAAACAAUUGCCCUAAUAAAGUGAUGCUGUAUUAAGCAUAAAUGUGUAAUCUUUUUUUGUAAUGUGGCUCUUAAUGUUGAAUAAUGUACAUGUAUAUGUAAAUUAUCUUGGAAUUAUGAAAUGACAAGUUUUGUUGACUUGACGUAAAUUUUUACUUGACUUCAGUGUAAUUUUGAUAUAAGAACACUAGAGACAGUUGGGAGGCUAUUCUGUAUUUAGUUUACUGUAUUCCAGGCAUUGUAUUCCAGGCAGUUGUUUGACUGAUUGUUCAACUAUAUUGUUGUGUAAUAUUCAUGUGAUAUUAACAGGGUUGUCAUUUAUUGACAGUUAAAUAGUUUUAUGCUUUCAGUUACACAUUCACUGACUACAUUAAAUUAGUUAAUGGUUCACAGUGUACUUUGAUAGCCUAUAUUUGAAUAACAACACAAUUUCUAGGAAAAGUUUAAGGUGCUCUCAAAUGUCAAUGACAUAGGUGUACUUGGGCAUUACUUUAACACCGUCCUAAAACUGAAGUAUUGGUAGCUGUAUUAGUCCUAUGUUAGCAAGGUUGUAGCUUUCUCAGUCACUGCGAUCUCUUAUUUUUGAUCAAGCCUUCUUCUUAGACCAGAUGCACUUUUGGGAUAGUUGAUGGGCCUGUUUUUUUUUAAAGUAUAUUUGAGCCGUGCCGUGGGAAAACCAACAUAGUGGGUUUGCGACCAGCAU